AUGGCCGACGUCAAGGACGGGAGAGAUCGAGAAAGUCGAUCCGAGAAAAAGAGCUUCUGGGGGAACAUUUUUAGGAACAGGAGUCAUGCAAGGAAAGGGAGACUGGAGAACCCAGAGUCACGCAGAGCCAGCGAUGGAGAUGUAGCUCCGCGGAGACGUCGGUCGACACCCGACAUGGCCAGCGGCACCAGAACUGUUGAAUCUCCAAACGGUCACCCGCCUCAAUCGCGCCGGAGGCCAAGGAGGCCUGAUCCGGCCCGUGCCAAGGGUAAAGGCCGCGCGCAUCCUAAUGGCCAUCUUUUCGACCAGGUACCAUUGACAGAAUGGCCUCCUUCCGGCAUGUCGAGCCAAGAGGAACUCACUCUCGGUCAUGCCAUGGAACUCAUAUCGCGGGGUGUGCCUGCCCAUCGAGGGCACAAGCGCCCCGUCCCUCAUGCAUCAGAUCACUACUACGCCUUAUUCUCAACAACGAUCGGCAAUAACACUGAAGACUCCGAUGCUGUAAACUUACACGACUCCAUGACCCAGCUCAUGACCCUUCGCAUGCAAGGGCCUGGUUUGGCCGAUUACCCGUGGGAAACACUUGAGCAGCCCAGUUAUUCCUUCUUUCACGGCCAGCGCCCCGGUACAAUCACUUUAAACCAAUGGGCUGCCAUGUCCAGCGUGUUGCCUCCGACGAUUGCCUUGAGAGAUUCUGGUGUCGAAGCUCGCGAGGUCGACUUGGGCCACAUUUUUAGGCGUCUCAAAGAGCUGGAGUCCGGUUUGGAGGAUGACAAUGAGGAGUUUAUGUACAAAAGCCUAUACCGCCGCUUUCUCCGCGACCCUGAUAAACUACUCAACCCUCACAAAACACUCGACAAGCAGAUUACUGAUUUGAUUAUGGUACUCUCGCGACCAGACUGGAUUGACUUCACCAACCCCAAAAACCAAGUCGUCGCUCGAUAUAUAUUCGACCCCAGCCAUUCCAGCCAAGCGCAGUAUAUGAAAUUCUGCCACCAACUCGUCCUCAGCAUGGAGCUGGACCUACGUAUCCACUCGAAACUGCAUGGAGACUGGGCGAAAGAGAAGUUAGUACCACAGCUCCCACCUACUAUUCAAUGGGAUCUUGCCCUAGCCAGGCGUUGGCGAGAGCAUGUUAGGGUCGAAGGCUAUGGGAAAACAGUGGAUCAAAUCAACCUGCGCUUCAGGCUCAAGAAAAGGCAGAUAAAAAUGCUUCGCCGCUUUGCUCAGAUAAUGAAAUGGCCGAAUUUGGGUCAGACACUGGACAACAUGAAGCAGCGGGAUAUAGAAGCAACCCUUGACAUUAUCAGCUCUGAUGCUCUGGCAUUUUUCAGCGGUCUCGUGCUCCCUGGGCGCACAUUCCCCUUCCUCAUCAUGAACACGCUCAUCGACAUCGACCCUGACAAGGCCACUGACUCCCUCGCCCUUCUCACCCAUCUCCACCCUCACUGCGGAUUCCAGUACAGAAACAGUUACACGUACUGGACUGCGACGUCCAUCGUUGGCAAGGUCCUUGCCCCUACUUGCCGAACCCUGGCGGGCUGGGUUGGGCCCGCCCGUCCGACUACCGACCUCGGGCGAAGUCAGAUUGCACGGGUGCGCUCACGACGCCCCCGCCAACGCAUGACUCCCGAGGAUGUCCAGUCGAUGAGCGAGCGAUCUGAUCCCCUGGGCCCACCAGCGGAGGUUUUCCCCGUAAAAGAAUAUAAGCUCGUGGCUCCAGAUAUCGAUGAUAUUGUCGAUACGGUGCGCAUCGAGCUUCUCAGUCUCAAAGUUAUUCCCGACCGCUUUCAAGAACCGCCGCCAGCACCGAGAGUGUACGACGCCACAGUCCAAUUCGCCAUUGACGGAGUUUCUUGGCCUAUGCGCCUCACCUACGAUGUCUCGUUUAUUUCCGCAUGGCCCUGCACAGACGGUCCUCACCCGCUGUUCUUCGAUUAUGUUUUCCAAACUGUAAGGGUGGAUGAGAUCAUGGGCAUCAAGGAUUGGGGCGGACUAUAUGGACAAUCCCCGAGCGCGCGCAGCUCUAGGACCAGCUCCAACGCAGGACCCCACGCGGCAACAAGUCGAGAGCAAGUUGAUGAAGAACAGGUUUUGGUUGUGGAAGCGUUCGGCGUCAAGGAUAACGAGGUUUUGGCGCGAGCCUGGUGUUCACACUGGGGGCUUAGCGCUGUGGUUGCAGAUCUUCGAAAGACAUGCAUGGCUUGUGCCAUCCGCGAGGCUUACGCGGCAACUCUAACAGUCGUGGUAUUGGUCGACGACCAAGAUUACAGCGAUAGUGAAUAA